AUGACUAUCACCAGCCGGCAGUCCUUCAAUGUCCUGACGGUCAUUUUCCUGCUGCUGUCCACUGCAGCUCUCUCAGCUCAUUACCGGGUGUGUGAGCCCUACUCUGACCACAAGGGGCGCUACCACUUUGGCUUUCACUGCCCGCGCCUGUCAGACAAUAAGACCUACAUGUUCUGCUGCCACCACAAUAACACGGCCUUCAAAUACUGCUGCAACGAGAGCGAGUUCCAGAUGGUCAUGCAGGUCAACCUCACCACCACCACAGAUGGAUACGCACACAAUAAUUAUACUGCCCUGGUCGGCGUGUGGAUUUACGGCUUCUUCGUCAUGGUGCUGCUGGCGCUGGACUUCCUCUACUACUCGGCCAUAAACUACGAGCUGUGCCGGGUCUACCUGGAGAAAUGGGGUCUGGGCGGCCGCUGGCUGAAGAAGGCCCGGAGUCAGUGGCACAGGUCAAUGCCGGAGGAGAGUGAAGCCCCGACUCCAGCCCAGCCCAUGGUGCCCAGCCACUACCAGCCCCGACACAGCCUCCGAGAGGAGAGCCACAGCCCGACGCUCCUGCCCUAUAACACAUCCACCGCAUGAGUGAUGCUGCGAGUGGAUGAGCUGAAGAGUAGC